UUUCAGUCUUGCCUUCACCAUUUCCAGAGAAAUCUAGUAUAUAUAAGCCAAUACCGAAACUUGAAGGCAACCUUCUUAAUUCAACUUCAAACCGAGAAUUUUAUUAAAACGGUGAAAUCCUUGAUAACUAUUUCCUUGAGUAAUACUUUGUACUCUUGGUUUCGUUGAUAUACAGGCUUGCUUUGAAUAAUUGCUUCUUUUACGUUUUGAAAGCUCGCCAAACGGUAAAAUCGUCGAAUUUUUCUUUUUCAUAAGAAUUUGAAAAGAGCUCAUUUGUUAUUUGUUGUUUUUGUGUUACAAUUUGCAUUCAUUACUUUAGUGCAUCAUGGCAAUAGAUUAUAGUAAAUGGGACAAACUUGAGUUGAGCGAUGAUAGUGAUAUUGAAGUACAUCCCAAUGUUGACAAAAAAUCGUUUAUUCGCUGGCGCCAACGUGACAUUCACGAGAAGCGUGCAAUGAGAAAACAAAAGAUGGAAGACAUCAAAAGCGCUGUAUCAAUGAACCAAAGAUUAAAGGAUCGCAUUGCUCAGAUGUAUACUUAUCUUCAGGAGUAUUCCCCAUCCGAACCACUGACUUACCUUUCUUCCUUCUUGCAAUCGAAAAGUCAAGAAGAUUCUGAACAAGCCGUAGAAGGAGGAAUGUCUUAUCAUCAGAUGCUAGUUGCUCUUUUAGAUACCAUUAAGAAGGCUAUUGAAGAGGAGAACAAUUCUUCGCUAGGCAUUAACGAGCAAUAUAUCAAGCAUCUUCAGAGCCAUGAGAAACGCCUUGACGAUUUGAUGAUGAAAGCCAAGGAGGAGUACGAUGAACUUGAGUCCGAGAGCAAGAAGUAUAUUACUUCAGAAGAUUUGCACAUUGGAUUUGAUAGCACACACGUUCAAAAGAAAGAGGAAGAGUCCAAAAAUAAAAAGAAAGAGAAAGAAUCUGUUCAAGUCAUCGAAUCCCUUAACGAUCCUAGUCCAUCUACUCAUCAACAAGAGGUCGGUUCAGCACAAUCUUCAUCCGCCAUUACUAAGGCUGAACAAGAGGAAUCUGAUUCGGAUAGCGUUUCAUUGUCUGUUGAUGGAACUAAGUUCUCCCAAAUUGCUUUUGGUGACUAUGCUGCUUCCGAAUCUUUCUUAAAGGAACAUCUUCAUCUGCUAGCUGAGGAAUCAGAAUCUGAUUCAAUUUUACUUGAGGCUUUUAACGCUGAACUGGAAGGUAAACCUUGGUUAGCUAAGCAAUUUGUCCAUCAAGCCUUAUUACUCAACUAUUGCCGACAACUUGGCCCUGGUGGAAUUACCAUCUUCUUUCAACGUGUUCAAGAUCCCAAUCACCAAGCUCGGCGCUUAUUCUUGGAAGAUGUUCAAAGUACAUAUAACCGCAUUCACGAGCGUAGUCACGCUAUGGCAAAUGAACAAGCUCAAAAUGGAGAAGGUGUUGAACAGAUUCAACUCUGUGCCGUGGAUGCCAAUACCAAGCUGUCCAUCAUAAUUCCCGAGAAAGACGCUACAGAGCCUGAGGUGAAAGCUGCACGCGUGACUUUUGAGUCAUUCCCCCCUAACCUUCAAAAAGCUUUGGAAUCUAAUAACCUUGAUAAAAUAAAUGCUGUCCUUGGUAAAAUGCCCAUUGAGGAUGCCGAGGAGGUUGUCGAAAAACUCAGCAGCACUGGCAUGCUUAGUAUUGAAGAAGGAAUCAUAGAUACCACGAAAGGUGAAACUAUUCCUGAACCUUCUGCUCAACAAUAACUUUUUUCAGUUAGAAACUGCUCUGAUUAUUAUGAUCAAUGAAAUUUAAUUUCAAUUAUCGAAUUGAUGUAAUGAUAUUUCAGUCCAACUUAACAAUAAACGGAUUUAC